CUCGCGCCCCUCAAUCAUUCAGGAGAUGCCGUCUGACGCGGUCGCGCCGCGGUGCUCGCGUAACUCGCGCAACUCGCGCUCGGUGCAUUCGUGCGACGAUGGGCCGCGACGUGAGGCGCAUGAGUGGAGACGCGCGUCCGCCUCGCCGCUGAGGGACGACGCGUACGGGCCGACGUCCCGCCGAUGAGGCCGCCGUCGUGACGCCUGCUGACCCGAGUUCGGCCCCGAUGGACCCGGCCUGCCGAGCGAUCGCGCGUCCCCGCAGUCGACGGUAAUCGCGGGCGAGCCGCGAGGGACAAUGCCGAGCGUCAGGAACCAGCCGGGCGGCCGGUCGUCGAGCUGCCUGCGCAAGUACCGGUUGGUCUUCGCCUUCGGCAUCAUCAUGCUGUGCGUCCAGGCCUACCUGCACACGUUUUUCGGCCUGGUCAGCGACAAGAGCAAGUCCAGCCGGCUGUCGUCCGGCGAGGGUGGCUCUUCCCAGCCCGAGGAGGACGAGGGCCUGCCGAAAGGCCUGCGUCAGCUGAAGCUCCCGCCCGACAAGCAGGCGAGCACGAGCAGGCAGACUCAGCCGCAGUCCCAGCUGAGAAACCGCACCGCCAGAAUCAAACUGGAUCGCAGGUCGUUGAACUUCACGCCCGCGUGCGACGUCACGGUCCGGGAGGCGGUGAGCGCCGUGACGCGCGCCCAGAGCCAGGCGUGCAAGCAACGCAUUGUCAAUGUGACGUGCCUUAGCCAGCAGGGUCUGUUGUACCCGGAAAGAGUACAAUCUUUCUGUCCCCAGUCUCCAGGUUUCGCAGGCGUGCCGGUCGAUCUGGGCUGCUUCAAGGACGACAAGACGCUGAGAGCGCUCUCCGGCUAUUAUCAUGUAUUUAAAGGGAACAACACGCCCGAGCGUUGCGCCUACAUGUGUCUUCAGUCGGGCUUCCCGUACGCCGGUACAGAGUACUCGAUGGAAUGCUUCUGCGGAAUGGAAGAGCCGCUGCAGACCAAGCGGCUGCCAGACUCCAGCUGCAACAUGAAAUGCUCCGGCAACCCGAGGCAGACGUGCGGCGGUUAUUUAACCAUUAAUAUUUAUUGGACCGGAAUCCAGAAAUUCAAGCCUCAAGAGGCGAGGAACUCGAGUUUGAAAAACGAUCUCGAGAAACCCGUGCGAAUAGCUUAUCUGCUGACGGUGAACGGCAGGGCGAGUCGGCAGGUGAAACGACUUGUCGGUAUUUUGUAUCAUCCCUCGCAUUUAUUUUAUAUCCACGUGGACGCGAGGCAAGAUUAUUUAUAUCGCGAAAUGUUGGAACUGGAGAAAUCGUGUAAGCUGAACAAUAUCAAAGUGGCGAGAGGGGAAGGCCUGCGGCACGCGAGUAUUUGGGGCGGCGCGAGUCUCCUGACGACGUUUCUGAGGUCCGCGCAACAGAUGCUCGCCUACGAUCAGCACUGGGACUUUCUCGUAAACCUAUCGGAAUCCGACUUCCCUUUGAAGAGCAAUAAUCAGCUGACUGAAUUUCUCAGCUGGAACAGGGGUAUGAAUUUCGCCAAGUCGCACGGCAGGGAGGUUCAGCGUUUCAUAGCCAAACAGGGUUUAGACAAGACUUUCGUCGAGUGCGAGGCGCGCAUGUGGCGAAUCGGCGAUCGAAAAUUACCAGACGGUAUUCAAGUUGACGGCGGUAGCGAUUGGUUCGCCCUGAGCCGAGACUUCGUCGAGUACGUUGCCGAUCCAAAUCCCAGUCAGCUGGUGGCCGAUCUGUUGAAAUUGUUCAAAUACACCUUGCUGCCAGCCGAGUCGUUCUUCCAUACGGUCUUGAGAAACUCGCGAUUCUGCAAUACUUACAUAGACAAUAAUCUGCACAUGACUAACUGGAAGAGGAAGUUGGGUUGCAAGUGCCAGUACAAGGCCGUGGUGGACUGGUGCGGGUGCAGUCCGAACGACUUCAAACUCGAGGACUUUAACCGGCUGCGAAACACCGUGGACCGCAAUAUAUUCUUCGCCCGCAAGUUCGAGUCCGUUAUCGAUCACAGAAUCAUAGACCGCGUGGAGGAGUGGCUGUAUCCCGAACGAAUGAACAAAACGGCUAGAUCGAGGGGCUACGACAUGUACUGGCAAAGCCUGUAUCAUCACGCGGACUUGAGCCCGCUGCCGGACGACGCGCUGUUAACGCUCUCGUAUUCCUUCGCGAGAUUGGUUUACCGCCAUCUCAACAUAAAUCACAAAGAUGUCCGCCUGUUGGAGAACACCGCGUACUUCCGCGAGAAUCGUUUCGCUGGUAUACUGAUUCUGGUGGAGGGCAAGGCGGAAUCCUCCGACGUAUCUGCACUGCCCGACGGUCGCGCGAGACGCGUGGAGGCUUUGAUCUCCGUGCGACACAACUUCUCCCCCAGCAGAUUAUGGUCGGGAAAGAUACGGGGUCUCUCCGUUAGCACGGACUACGAUCAAAAGGAGCAGACGUUUAGAAACUUGAUGGGCAGCAUGGGACCGUACUCGACCCCGGUCUUGGCUUACGAGUUCGACGCGAGCGUUACGAUAUCGCAGAACGUAUCGGUCCUAUGGAUUGACCCGCACGGCCGCCUCGCCGACGUGAAUUACCUGCUGAUCGAAGAGAUGACCUUGGUGGGACACGUUAAGCCGCAGCUAAACGAACAACUAGCCGUUGGUACUUGGCGACUGUUAUUGGCCGCCGAUACUCAACUGAUAGCAAAAUUAAAAUUCCUCGUGACUCCGCUGUCCUACUGGAAGGCAAAGAGGAUAGAUUCGGACAAGGCGAAGGAGAUAAUGGACGGCCCGAGCUUCGUUUAUCACGUUACGGAGGAGAUGAACAAGAGCUGGUCGAAGGUGGUGAAAUCCGCGCUGGCGAACGAGCCGAUUACGCACAGUCAGAGCAGACUCGGUGAGAAUCUCGACGAUUGGCUGGACAGAUUAGUAUACGAGCACUACGGGAUCGACGAGGUGUGCGAUGCCGACGAUGAGAUUCGACCCGAAUCGAAGCUACAAAAGUGUCUCAACACCCCCUGGAGCUCUUUGAGCCCCGAUUUAAAGGCUGAUACUCGUAACCUAUGUCAAAACUACUAAUUAAUUAUUUUACCAACUACGUGCCAUUUUCGCCGUUUUGAAAUCUAUUGUAUGUGUAUAAAGAUUGCAAGACAUCUUUAGAUAUUUUUAUAUCGAUUAAACUGUACAUAUAUAUAUACUUGGUAUUUAUAAGAAAAUGGUAUAUAUAUAUAUAUGUAUACAUACAUUUUUGGUAUAUGUUGUGCAAUUAAUAUCUCUGUCGGAUAUUUUCACAUUAAAGAUUAAUGGAUUAUAUUGAUAA